AUGUCUGAGAUGAUUCUGCAAGCUACUUUUGCGCAAAAGCCGCACCACUCACCUGAUCUUCUGGGUGACGCUGAUCGACUCCAAACCGCCUGCGGUAAGGAGUGUCAGGUUGAUAUCAUUGCUAACAACCUUCGAGUGACGGUAAGUACAGAUUGUAAGGACAAGGAUGUUGUUAUGACGGGUCUGACGAUCAAGAUGGAGCAGGAAAAUCUCUUCAAGGACUGGGAGCUUGUGCCUGGAUGGACUUGGAAGCCUGAGAAAAAGGAGCACUGUAAGCUUCACAUUGCUAUGAAGGAGUGA